AUGGCUGGCGUUCGUCAUCCCGUUCGUUACGUCACGUUCGACAAAUGUUUUCCAAUUCCUAGAUUUUUGUGUCAGGUUUUCGAUAUAUUCGUAGUUUUUGUGAGUAAUGAACUUGAAAUACAUUUUGAAAACCUAAAAACUGUCGAAAACGAUCGGAAAAGAAAAAGAAUGAAAAAUGUCUCUGAUUGGUUGGUUACUUUGAAAUCAUAG